CUUUCGGGCUGCUGCUGCCGCAGUGCUAGCCUUUCUCCGCUGCCUUUUGGCUGGUUAUUUUUUUUUUCCUAUCCGUGCGCUUACUAGAGUGUGUGUGUGCGUGGGGUUUCGUCCGACGGACGGACGGAACAAGACAAGAAGUAGCUAGAAGCGAACAAGCGAUUCCGAUCGCAAAGUGAACGGCUAGGGUACGGACGGACGGACAGGGAGAGAGGAAUAAAAUUGUCCGCCUGCCAUGGCUGCUCCGUAGAAGCUGGCGCUGGCUGGUCCUGCCUUGAUGCUGGUGCUGGAUUGUUGUCCGGUGGGAAUUUUUUUUUUCCGGUGCAAGGUGUGGUGUGGGGUUUUUUUUGUCGGAAAGGAACAGUUGUAGGACGAGAGACCACCGAAGAAUUCGGAAUACCACCAUCCGGCUGACGGGAAGAGAAUUGCUAAUCAGCCAGGAGACCGGCCGAAUUGUUUCUUCUUCAUAAGGGAGAGAGAUAGAGAGCGAAAAAAGUCAUCACCCUGUGUGUGUAUGUGUGCCUCUGAUUAGGGCGAAAGAGGAGCAGUUGUCGGAGGAUUGCGAUCAAAAGAAGAUAGAAGCAAAUUUUAGAAGAGAGAAAAAAAAUGUACGUGAAAAUUAGUGAAUAGAAUGAAUGCUCAAGGAGUAGAGCUGCCGAAUUAGUGUGUUCCUCCGGUGGUUCCAGUUCGGUUUCUUUUUUUGGUUAGUUAGUAAGUUUUCGGGGUUUAUUUUCCUUCGUUUUGGUUGUGUUCCGCGAGCCCACGUGUGUGCGUCAAGUGUUCUGUUUUUUUUUUUCGUUCUAUUUUCAUCCGGUUCAAUCGCGAAAAUCGUGUGUAUGUAUGUGGGUAUCGCCCGCAGAUGAUUAACAGGCGAAUGAGAAAUGAGAUUCGAGAUUAGUAGUGCUUAAGGUGAAACAUCAUCAACGGCAACAGCAAGUAGAACCAGAAGAAGAAGGAAUGACGGAGAGGUUCGAAGCGGAAAUUGCGAAUUGUUGUUGCUAAACAAAGUAAUAAAGUAAACUAGAAGUCGUUUGGGACGAGGUUUGAGUGGAUUUGUGUGCGUUCGAAAUUAGUGUGUAAUUAUCGCGUGGAAUGUUUUGAGUGGUGCAAAGCUAGUAGCUGAAGACGACACCUCCUUCGUUCUCGGCUUCCAGUUGGAGUAAUAAUCUUCAUUUAUCAUUCGAGAUCGUGACGGGUAAUAUUAAAAUAUUCAGUGAAUUGAAGAAACCGCGCGAAGGAGAGUGUGAGGCAAAAUGAGUUAAAAGGCGCUACCAUACGAUGGCGCAGAAACAGACUAAAAUCAAUGAAAGUAUAGGCAAAAGUAAUGAUUUAGGUGCUGAUCAUCAACAGACAAACAAAGCAAUUAGUUUACAUAAUGGUACCGAUACUCAACAAGGUGGAAAGAAUCCUCAAAGUGGCCCAAUAAUGGGUGGCGAGAAAGCGAAAUCUCCAGCGACCGGUGCUGCCGGAGGCAACGGUGGUCCAGCUCCAGCAUCUUCGCCUGCCUCCGGUCCGCCACAUCCGCCGCAUCCCGGUUCGGAAAAUGCCCCUGGGAUGCAUCCUUACGAAUCUUCCGGACAUCACAUGCCGCCUACUAGUAAUGCCGGUCCUACGGACCCCAACACCAACAACAAAGAUGACAUGCAUCAUCACCCCCAGCAUCAUCCGAUGCACCAGCAGCAUCCACAACAUCACCAGCACCAGAUGUACGGUCAACCGCCGAUGCAGCAUCAACAGUACCCUAGGUAUCACCAUGACCCCAACAUGCCACCUGGUGGUCCCGACCCGUACGCCCACUAUCGAAUGGGUGCAGCGCCAGGCGGAAAGCCUGGUUCCAUGAUUCCUCCAAAUCGACCGCCUCCGCAGCGUUACAUGCAAGGCCCGGGUCCGGGACAACCACCGCAACAUCCCGGCCAUCCGGGUCAACAGCAACAACAGCAAGGUCCCACACCGACUCUCAAUUCGUUGCUUCAAUCGCAUCCACCACCGCCGCCGCACCCCCAGCAUCGCUAUCCCAACAGUUACGACCCGAACCAACCUCAGCAGCCGCCACCAGCGGGUCCGGGUCAACCGGGACAACAGCAGGGUCAACAGCAACAACCGCCACCCGGGCAGCCUCCGCAGCCGUACGGGGGACACCAGCAGGGAUGGGCUCCACCACCCCGUCCCUACAGUCCGCAGAUGGGUGCCCAGCAACCGUAUCGUCCUCCACCACCGGGUGCCAACUCUCGCGGUCAGUCCCCCUAUCCGCCUGGUCCCCCCGGGCAGAGUCCUGGUAGCUACCCUUCUCCGUCACAGCAACAAGGUGGACAGCAACAGCAACAACCGGGUCAACAGCCGGGCCAGCAGCAAGGCGGUCAACCCGGCCAAGGGGGUCCUCCACCUCCGCCCCAAGGUCACCAACCUGGGCCGGGGCAACCCCCGCAGUCAGGCAGCGGUCAACCGGGUCAGCCUGGAAGUGGUCCCCCACCGCUACCUCCCUCGUCGCAGGGACCACCUACCAAUUCUCAGUAUACUCCCUACCAGCAACGAUAUCCAACUCCACCAGGGCCGAAUACCGGUCCCAACCAUCGGUCGCCCUACCCUCCACAUCAGUACGAGCCAGUAAGGUCGUGGCCAUCGCCGGCAGCGAGCCCGGGCCCGGGUGGACAGCAGCAGUCACAUUUACCUCCAUCGCCGCACGGUCCACCGCAGAGUCCGGGCCAUCACGGGUCCGCACCGAGUCCGUCCCCGCAGCCUCCGCAACCUGCACAAUCUCCGCAUCAGUAUCCAACGCGACCGAGCCAAUCAUCGACGCCAAAUAUAAACGAUGGAGAAAUGACAGGGGUGAGUCGCCGCUAUCCGGUAGUAAUGGUUCGGUCGGAAUGUGAUAUUGACACAUUUACACAGCAUGGUUCUGGACUUCAAGGAAAGCUCUGGAUGCCUCUUUCGGAUUCGACGGGUCAGAACAGUAAUGACAGCUCGAGUGGUGGUGCAACAGGUGGUGCUUCCGCUGCUCCCGGUACGCCCAAUUCCCAGGGCAUGAGGCCCAGUCCGUCGCCGACAGGUUCAUCUGGAUCCCGAUCUAUGUCGCCGGCAGUUGGUCAGCAAAGUAUACCGAUGCCGCCGCGCCCCUCCAGUAGUCACUCCCAAGUUCCAAAUCAGCAACAGAAUCAACUAGGUAGUAGUAGUAGUAAUCUAGGCCACGGUAACCAAUCGCAAUCGCAGCAGCAGCAGCCACCCGACCAUUCGAGAGUCGCAUCACCGAAUCGUCCUCCUUCCGCAUCGUCAGCCGGUGGCCCGCAAGUGCAGCAACAGCAACAGCAGGGUCCCCUGCCUCUGCAAGCAGGCAUGGCAGCUCAAGGAUAUCAGACACAACCACCACAUCCGCCGCAUAUGCAUGGCGGAUACAAGAUGGGACCUAGUCCCGGUGGACCAGGUGCAGGAAUGCCUGGUCCACAGCAAAUGUCACCAUAUCCGCCACACAAUCCUCAAUCGCAGCAGUAUUCGCCACAUUCGCAAGGAAGUUACUCGCCCCGGCCCCAGUAUCCGGGAGGCUAUGGUCCCACGCCGCCGGGUGGGCAACCGGGACAACCACCACCUCCCGGUCCUCCACCGAACAGUGUGGCCGGUGGCCCCGGUGGCUAUCCCGGUCAUCGCAUGCCAAACCAUGUUGGUGGCCCACCUCCGCACUCUCAAUAUCCUCCGCAUCAACCGUACCAGCAAGGCUGGGGACCUCCAGGUCCUGGACCACAGGGUCCCGGAGGUCACGUGAACAAUCAUCAGCAGCAACCGGGCAAGGGAAUGCCCCCGACCGGUGUUCCCCCGUCACCACAGCAACCGAAUCAAGCACAGUCUCAACAGGGACCACCUGCCGGAGGACCUCCGCAAAGCGGAUCCCCUCGGCCUCUGAACUAUCUUAAGCAGCAUCUACAACACAAAGGCGGCUAUGGCGGUGCGCCUAGUCCAACACCGCCCCAGGGCUACGGCAACGGUCCCGGUAUGCAUCCUCCGAUGGGUCCACCUCACCACAUGGGCCCACCGAUGGGUCCGACCAGCAUGGGGCCACCAUCCGGUACUCCUCCGAACCAGCAGGGUCCACCGGGGGGACCACCCGGAGGCCCGCCGCAGCAACAGCAACAGCACACUCCGCCACAGACCGGACCCAACAGUCAUCCGGACGGGUCGCUACCACCACAGCCGCCCCAUCCGGAAUCGGGCCCGCUCGGACAGGACAAUGGCAUCAACGCGUCUGGCGGGCUGCCACAUCCAGUUACCUCACUCGUUACAACGGGACCUGAUGGCGCUCCUCUCGAUGAAGCCAGUCAGCAGAGUACCUUAUCCAAUACCUCAGUAGCUUCCGGUGAUGAGCACUGCACGACGCCGAAAUCGCGUAAAGGCGAACUCUACAACCAAAGUCACCUGACUAGCACGCCGACGACCGCGUCGCCCGGACCGCACAAUCAGCACGAAGACUUCGAGAUGAACUCGCCCACACCCUGGCAACGGACGCCAGCUAGUCCAGUAUUUAACAGCCACGUUCCUCCCACGGAGACUCCUUUUAGAUCGACUAAGAAAUCUGACAGUUUAAACAAGUUAUACGACAUGGAUGACAAGCCGGAGCGAAGGCCCUGGCUGGACAAGCUGCUAGCCUUCAUGGAAGAGCGGCGAACGCCGAUUGCGGCCUGUCCCACGAUCUCGAAGACACCCCUGGAUCUGUACAAGCUGUAUGUCCUGGUGCAGGAGCGCGGCGGUUUUCUUGAGGUGUGUAAGGUUACCAAGAGCAAAACGUGGAAGGACAUCGCUGGAAUGCUCGGCAUCGGUGCUAGCAGCAGUGCAGCGUACACGCUGCGAAAACACUACACCAAGAAUCUACUACCGUUCGAGUGCAAGUUCGAUCGUGGCGGUAUCGACCCGGCACCUAUCAUUGCCCAGGUCGAAGCCGGUUCCAAGAAGAAAUCGAACAAAACCACUUCGGUCCCCUCUCCGGGAUCAUCCAACUCGCAAGACUCGUUCCCAGCGCCGGGAAGCAGUAGCGCCUCGAUGGAUGGCUACGGUACGUAUCCGGGCGGUGCCGCUCCUGGUGGUUAUCCUCCCGGCUCGACACCUGACUAUUCGCAGCAGCCCCCGCAGCAAACGGGACCUGGUCAGCAGCCGCCAGCCGGUGCACCACAACAACCGCCGGCACAGCAGAAUCUUCAGCGACCUCCAUCGCAGCAGAGCGGAACCCAAUCUCCUCAUCCAGGCUCGGCACCACCGACCACCGGAGAUAACAUUAGUGUGAGCAAUCCCUUCGAUGAUCCUGUCGGCCCGCAAAGGCCACCGUAUCAGCAGGGUGCUCCCUAUCCACCGGCUUCACGACCACAAGGUGCUCCCUAUCCGGGCCAACCAGGAGGCUACCAGUAUGGUGCUCCGGAUCAGUAUGGACCAGGUGGCGCACCAGGCCAGUAUCCACCGGGACAGCAAAGUCAAUAUCCACCCGCUAAUAGACCGAUGUAUCCACCCUACGGGCCACCGGAAUCCGGCGAAGGAAGGUCAACCCCUCCGGCGCCGGGAUCAGCCCCACCAGCAUCGGCCGAUCCGUAUCGAAGCUAUGGCAGUGGUCCGUACCCUCCACCGCCACAGCAGCGACCGUACGGCCAGCAACCGCCGCCAGUCAGUACCGGACCGUCGCAGACACCCCCGGCCGGACCACCGGGUGCUGCCAGUCAACCACCGGUCAGCGGUGCACCCGGACAGCAACCUCCGUCUACCAUUGCCCAGGGCCAGGGAUAUCCAGCGGCACCGCAACCACCACAGCAACCGGACUACUACCGGCCAGAUCAGCCUAAUCAGCCCAGGAGACAUCCAGAUUUUGAGAAGAGUCAACAACCGUACCCACCCUACCAACAGCGACCGCAGAUGUAUCCUGGCGGAUGGCAGGGAGGUGCAGGUCAGUACCGUGGACAGUAUCCCCCGCAGGGACCCCAGCAACAGUGGGGAACCCACAACGGACCCCGCCCGAGUGGUCCACCCGGUGCACCUGGUGUUCCACCGGGUGCUCCCGGAACACCGAACCAAUGGAGUGCCGACGCCAAUCGGUACCCUCCGAAUCAGCAACCGCCGUAUCCGCCUCAUCAACAGACUCAACAGCAGCCUUGGACCCAGAUGCCACCAACAUCACAAGGUUCUCCGCUGCGACCCCCGCAGCGAGGUGGCAAACCGUUCGCAUCGAUGCAACAAGCGGGAAUGGCCAGCAGUAUGCCACCGGCUGCGCAACCACAGGUUCCACCCGGUGUUCCAUCGGGUGCGGGUCCUGUCGUGGCAGGUCCAACGGUUGGCAGUGGGCCACAAGCGGUUCCCUGUGCCACACCCCAAGUUGGCGCCAAACCGAUGCCCCAGGCACCGUUCCCUCCGGCGAGUAGCGUUGCACCCAAGCGAGACAUUGUAUUCCCAUCGGAUAGUAUUGAAUCCACGACGCCGGUGCUGUACAAAAGGAAGCGAGUCAGCAAGUUUGACAUUGGCCAAACGGACCCCUGGCGGAUAUUUAUGGCACUGCGGUCCGGACUGCUAGUGGAGAGUACCUGGGCGUUAGAUGUGCUGAAUAUUCUGCUGUUCGACGAUUCGUCCGUGGCGUACUUUGGGCUGACGCAUUUGCCAGGUCUGUUAAAUCUGUUGCUGGACCACUUCCAGAAGAGUUUGAGUGACAUGUUCGACACAAAGGACCGCAAGAGGCUUCCCUAUGGCAGAGCAUAUGGGUGGUUCGGUAAGGAGGCAGAUGAAAGCGAGGAGGAUGAAGAAGAUGAAGAGGUAAGGGAAGAUGGUGCGGCCGAGAGGAAGGCCAUUGAAGCAGUCGAGGUGAAAAAGGAAGUGGAGGACAUUAAGUUGGAAAAUGGAGAGCCAGAGGAACGGGAUGGACUGAAGCGGGCUUUUCGGAUCGAAAGGAAACGAGAGUACCGGAAAAGUAGGAAGGGAUGUGAACUGGAUUUGGGCUGCGUGAUUGAUCCACCGAAUCCGGAGGAUCGGAUAGUGGUAUUCAAUUCGACCACAAACUAUACGAUGAGUUCGAGGAAGGGUCUUCCGGUGAAGAUUCAACCGGCCGAGGAUGACGUCUUCGUGCUGAACCACAGAAGGGACUGGGACAGGACGGCGGACGAUCGGUACCAUCGGGAAACGGUUGUCGGCGGAGAUCCGUGGACCGCGGGACACUCGGAACCGGAUCCCCACGACUACAUUAUGGAAACGUUCCAGGCCGAGUUUGUAAACAUUCCAUUUGCUAGGCUGAUUAAAACUAGUAAAAAGUAUAAGAUCAGAUGCAAGAACAACAACAACAACAACAAUAGUAGCAGCAACAACAAGAACAAUAGCAGUAAUAGAACAUUGAAGCGAAAGCCCGUGGAAGAGGAGGAAAGUGAUAGCGAACAGUGCAACAACAACAACAACAACAAUAACAACAACAACAACAACAACAAUAAUAAUAACAGCAGGACAAAUGGGGAGAAUCGAAUAGUGAACGGGGAAACCACCGAGGCGGAAGAGGACUCGAAAGCCAGUGUCGAUAGUUUUGUGGUGAAGAAGGAAGUACCCGAGGUGACCGCGUCGAGCGACGCCGACUGUCGGGAGAUUGACAUGGAGCUGGAGAAGAGUAGCCUGUCGAAUGGUCCGCAGGAGGAACCGAUGCAGGAAGAGGCGGACACCAAGACAGAAGUGAAGAUGGAGAUCGAAGAAGACUGUGACAACAAGGUGAACGAGGAAGAGCAAGAAGUUACCGAAAAGAAGUUCAACGUCGCGGCUACGAUUCAGGAUCCGGCAAAGGUGUUGAAACGCCGAAGAAUGAGUGACUAUGAAGACGAAUGCUACACGCGAGACGAGGCCAGCUUGUAUCUGGUGACGGAGGGUCACGAUGCUCUGGCAAGGCGCUGCGUGGCCAUUUCGAAUAUUCUACGGAACCUGACGUUCGUCCCAAAUAACGAGAUUGAGUUUUCUCGGUCUUCGAGGUUCCUAUCGAUUCUGGGUAAAAUACUGUUGCUUCACCAUGAGCAUCCGAUCCGCACGAAGAAGACUCGGAACUACGAUCGGGAAGAGGAUGCGGACUUUUCGGACUCGUGUAGUAGUUUACAGGGCGAAUCGGAAUGGUGGUGGGACUUUUUGGUGCAACUCCGGGAAAACAUGCUGGUUUCGAUGGCGAACAUUGCCGGGCAGCUCGACUUGGCCCGAUUUGACGAGCCCAUUUCGAGGCCUAUCCUGGACGGGCUACUUCAUUGGUCCGUAUGUCCAUCGGCCCAUGGUCAGGAUCCGUUCCCAACGAUGGGAACGAACUCAGUAUUAUCUCCGCAGCGUUUAGCACUGGAAGCCCUGUGCAAACUGUGCGUUACCGAUUCCAAUGUGGAUCUUGUGAUAGCAACGCCUCCGUACACUCGACUGGAAAAACUCUGCUCCGUUCUGACACGGCAUUUGUGCAAGAAUGAGGACCAAGUCCUUCGGGAGUUCUCAGUCAACCUGUUACAUUAUCUAGCUGCAGCGGAUAGCGCGAUGGCCCGGACGAUAGCCAUGCAAUCUCCGUGCGUUUCCUACCUGGUAGCAUUCAUCGAACAAGCCGAACAGACUGCACUGGGGGUGGCCAACCAGCAUGGUAUCAACUACCUGCGGGAUAAUCCCGACUCCAUGGGAACCAGCCUGGACAUGCUCCGACGAGCGGCCGGUACUCUGCUGCAUCUAGCUAAACACCCGGACAACCGACCCUUGUUCCUCCAGCAGGAGCAACGGCUGCUAGGCCUAGUCAUGAGUCAUAUCCUGGACCAGCAGGUGGCCCUCAUCAUCAGUCGAGUACUGUUUCAAUGUUCGCGCGGCAUUGGUCCCCUCACAACAAUGGAAAUCGAAUCCAGCACUACUAGCAGCAGCAGCAAAACCGAGUCCAAGAAAUUUUCGGAAAAGGAACCCUCCGAAGCGAGCAAAUCUUCUAUGCAUUUAAACUCAAUCAUUGCCAAUAGUACCAGCAAUAGCUGUAGCAACUCCCACCCUGCUAUGCCGAUGGGUGCCCCUCCAGCGCCGGCAGCUCUCCCAUCCAUGUCAUCCGCUCCAUCGAAGUCGACCGAUCAGCUUACCUCGCUGAUGUCCCCGUCGUCAUCGUCGUCAUCGUCGUCGUCGUCGUUGUCAGCGUCGUCGUCGCCGUCGUUGACAUCCUCAGUGGUGAUGCCCGCUCCGUCUGCACCGGUCAGUAACAGCGCUGGGCCACCGGCGUUCAUGCCUCCACCAGUGUCACCAACAUCGGCUACCAACAACAACAACAGCAGCAGCAGUAGUAGUGCUGAGGUCGUUUCGCCACCUCCGGCUCCGGCGGUGCCCCAGCAUCCGAUUACGGCUUCGUCGUAGUGGAAGAAAUCGCUUCUGGUCAAAGCGGCGGGAUUGGAAGAUUAAUUAAUUAUACAUAUUAGACACAAUUAGAGAGAAAGGAAAAACAC